AUGGCCAAGCCACCAUUAUUAUACCAGGUCUCCGGAAGGACUUUGGAGGUAUACCGCACACCACGAGCGUAUGCGACCACGCAGUCUGGACGAGACUCGUACCUGGCGGGGCCGCCACCGGUUCAUGAGACAUCAUCGGACGCAAGGUCGUGGUCACGUCAGACGGAGGGUGCCCUGGACGCAUACAGAGAAGAGGAAGAGAAGCGUAGGACUGUCCUCGACCAGACUGUCCGCGUCGAAGACGCACCUACCGUCGGCCGUGGUGGGAGCUACGAGAUGUCUCAUGGGACCGAGAAGAAGACUGGGGUGGAGGUUACCGAGUACCGCCUGUACUCCGGGAACAGUGACGUUCUUGGUAGCUCCCGGGUGCUCGAAUCGAGCCAACGUUCAGAAAAGUCAGCGUCUAGUUAUUUUGCAACCUACAUUGAAGCAGCCCAAUUGGAGGCGGACACAGAGCAAACCCUGGAGGCCGCCCAGAAGCCCCCGAAGAACCACAGAAUGACCAAGAUGAUUGUCAAGGAAGACAUCGACUUCUUCACGGCUCUCUUAGAGGGCCACGACCCGCCGACGACGACGGAGGAGACGAGGACUUUUGUGCGCGACGAGAGCGAGACACACAGGCACAGCCUGGAGAUCAGGGAACGCGAGGCCGACAGGAGGCGACAGGAGGAGGCGGAGGCGGCCAAGGCAGACACGGACUUUUUCAUGAUGCUGAUGUGCAAGGAAUGA